ACUGAUGGCGCCCGACUAGAAUGGAUUAGGAAUUAUCGCGUACAACUUCUUAUACUGUUUGGCGUGUCUACUAAGUCAUAAACAAAUUGAACUCGCAAUACACUAUGGAGGAGGAGAUAGAGGUGGAGAGCAGCAGUGAUGUGGGUCCAUCGGGGUCUGGGAUGGAGGAGCCGUCAGAGAGCGGUAUGGGCAUGGAGUCCUCGGAGGCCAUGUCUGCAGACAGCAGUGAUGCAGCAGCCCCCCAUGCAUCCCACCGUCACAGCCAGCACCACCCCGGCAUGGCCCCAGAGUCAGACUGCCACGUGGGACAGAGCUCAGAGGGGUUCCUGGUGUUCCUACCAGAGACUAGCUCCAGUACGGACGUCACCCACCACAGGGCCACCGUCCACCUCCCAGACUCCUCCUCUGUGGCCCAGCUCACCAGCGUCUCCACUGUAACGCAGUCCAUCCUGGUGUCUGGGUCAGCCCAGGUGAUGGUUCACUCCAGCGUGGCGGGGUCAGACUGCGGGGGCACGAUGGUGUCUGACUCGACAGCCUCCACCUCCUCAGAUCUGGGAUCAGCCAUAGACAAGAUCAUAGAGUCUACCAUCGGACCUGACAUCAUGAAUGUUUGUAGAGCAGUGACCAGUGCAGAGGACGGAGCUGCAGAGACCAGUGAGGGGCAGUAUUUGAUACUACAAGGAUCAGAUGAUGGGUCUCCCAUGGUAGCCCACACGUCGUCCUUGGCCCUGUCCAGCCAUCACCGCAUCGCCAUCGAGGCUCUGGGAGAGGGUCCUACCUCGACCUGCCACGACCAGGGAGACAUGGGAGGUCACCUGGACCCUGACCAGCCAGACCAGCCUUCUGGCAGCCACUCUCACUAUGGGGACCAGCCAGACCAGCCUUCUGGCAGCCACUCUCACUAUGGGGACCAGGACAACCAGCUCUCUGGCAGCCACUCUCACUAUGGGGACCAGCCAGACCAGCCUUCUGGCAGCCACUCUCACUAUGGGGACCAGCCAGACCAGCUCUCUGGCAGCCACUCUCACUAUGGGGACCAGGACAACCAGCUCUCUGGCAGCCACUCUCACUAUGGGGACCAGCCAGACCAGCCUUCUGGCAGCCACUCUCACUAUGGGGACCAGGACAACCAGCUCUCUGGCAGCCACUCUCACUAUGGGGACCAGCCAGACCAGCUCUCUGGCAGCCACUCUCACUAUGGGGACCAGCCAGACCAGCCUUCUGGCAGCCACUCUCACUAUGGGGACCAGCCAGACCAGCUCUCUGGCAGCCACUCUCACUAUGGGGACCAGGACAACCAGCUCUCUGGCAGCCACUCUCACUAUGGGGACCAGGACGACCAGCCCCAGCACUCCCACGCAUCACAGUACAUGGAGUGUAGCGGUGGAGACGCAGACGCACCUGACCAGACUGGAGAGUCCUCGUCCUCGUAUGUAGACGACGAGGAACCUGACGAGACUAGGAUCUCGUCCCGGUCUCUCUCCCGGUCCCGCUUCCCGGAGUAUGGUGUAGUCGACAACUCUGACCAGGACCUGCGGGGGUACGUGGAGUGUAGCGGAAGUGGUAGCGGAGCCGCCGACUCCAAUCCCUCGUCCCCCGGCAUUCGGCGACGCCACACUCACUAUGUUGUGGACUGCAGCGCAGGGACGGGGGCGUACCUGGAGUGUGAAGAGGAUUUGAGGCCGCAGCACUCUCGGAGCUGCAGCAGCAGUGCUAACCACUCCCAGAGUCACCAAACCCUUCCUAACCACUCCCAGAGUCACCAAACCCUUCCUAACCACUCCCAGAGUCACCUAACCCUUCCUAACCACUCCCAGAGUCACCUAACCCUACGGCAGUAUGUGGAGUCUGUGGCUGCAGAUUCAGAGCAGCCCGGUUGUUCCAACUACCAGGAUCAGGAAGGGCAAGGGGAGGAUCCAGACCAGAACCAGGAUCCAGACCAGAACCAGGAUCCAGACCAGAACCAGGAUCCAGACCAGCCACAGCACUCUGACCAGCAGCAGCCUCAGCACUCCCACAACAUGGAGACCACCAGCAGCAGUACUGGCCCAGAGGCCUCCCUGGGGAGGUACACUGGGGCAGGGGAGGGUGACGAGGGUUCCUCCACAGACCAUCACCACCCCCAGGCAGACAUUGUGAGAUCAGGCUCAGACCAUCACCACCCUCAGGCAGACAUUGUGAGAUCAGGCUCAGACCAUCACCACCCCCAGGCAGACAUUGUGAGAUCAGGCUCAGACCAUCACCACCCCCAGGCAGACAUUGUGAGAUCAGGCUCAGACCAUCACCACCCCCAGGCAGACACUGUGAGAUCAGGCUCAGACCAUCACCACCCCCAGGCAGACACUGUGAGAUCAGGCUCAGACCAUCACCACCCCCAGGCAGACACUGUGAGAUCAGGCUCAGAGCAUCACCACCCCCAGGCAGACACUGCAGGCUCAGCAGAGCAUCCAGAAGCUAUGGAGUGCACAGAGAGCCAGCAUGGCCCUUACAUCAGCAGCAGUGGGACCUACUUCUCCCACCCGGAGCCUGAGGUUGAUGAGCCCCCUGAGCCUCAGUGGUCCCCCAGUCUGGGGAGGCUUUCCAGGGGAGAGGAGGGUGGCGUGGUGGGGGGGUCUGGAACUCCAGCCGUGGAGGAGGUGGCCGGGGCUGUUAGAGGACCAGGGGUCCCCGUCCCCGUCCCCGUCCCCCACACCAUGGCUGAACUGGGGGAGAUGAUGGAGGUGGUGAUCGUUCAGCAGUUCAAGUGCAAGAUGUGCCCCUACAAGAGUGUCUCCAAAAACACCCUCAUCAACCACAUGAGGGACAGGCACUUCAAACCCACAGGUGGCCCCCCUCCUAAGAAGCGUGGUCGUGGCCGGUCCAGGCGUAGUGAUACGUUGGCCCGUCAGCAGGCUGAGGUGAAACCAGAGCCCCAGCCUGAGGAGCCAGAGGACGAUGACAUCGUAGACGCUGGGGCCAUCGAUGACCCUGAAGAGGACAGUGACUAUAACCCAGCAGAUGAGGACUGUAGGGGCAGACAGCCUGCCCCUCCUCCCUGCUCCUCCACAGACCGCCCCCGCCGCAGGGUGGGACGCCCCAGGAAGUUCACCUCCACAGAGGGCAGCUACAAUGGCAAGGAAGCUGAGGGUGAGAGAGCUAACAGCAGUGUGGACCCUCAAGGCUCGGAGGAGGCCAGUUCCUCAGGCCUGGAAAACGGAUCAGCUUCCUUGGCCAAUGGAAAAGCAGCGGAAGCCGGCAUCAGCCAGUCAGACUCUGAGAACAAAGACCCGUCACCCAAUGGGAGGCCGGAGGAGGCAGAGUUUUUCCCCAGGAAACGAGGUCGACCCUCAAAGCGGUUUCUCAGAAAGAAAUACAAGAAGUACAUGAACCGCAAGUGUUAUAAGUCUCUGAAGCCCCUCCUGAGGCCUCACAGCUGUUGAAUCUGCGGCUCUCGCUUCCUGUCCCAGGAGGACCUGAGGUUCCACGUAGACUCUCACCAAGGAAACGACCCAGAGUGCUUCAAAUGCCUGCAGUGUAACUACCGCUGCAAACGCUGGUCCUCGCUCAAGGAACACAUGUUCAACCACCAGGGGAACAAGCCCUUUAAGUGUGAGGUGUGUGACUACAGCAGUGUGUAUAAGAAGGAUGUCAACAGACACUCAGCAAUACACAACAAGGACCAGAAAACAAAGUCUGAGUCUCAGGUGUAUAAGGUGUUGUCAUUCCCGUGUCCAGUGUGCCACAGAGUCUACCCCAUGCAGAAGAGACUCACUCAGCACAUGAAGACACACAGUGCUGAAAACCACACGUGUGACAAGUGUGGGAAGUCCUUCAAGAAGAGAUAUACGUUCAAGAUGCAUCUCCUCACACACAUCCAGAGUGUGGACAACAGCAGGGUCAAGUGUGAGUUCUGUGACUAUGACUGUGACAACAAGAAGCUCCUGCUCAACCACCAGCUGUCCCACAACAACGACCGGCCCUUUAAAUGUGACUACUGUAAAUACUCCACCUCUAAAGAGGACUUCCUGGUCUCACACCUGGCCAUCAAACACACAGGAGAGAAGCCAUUCUCCUGUGAGAUGUGCCACUUCACGACGAAGCACCGUAAGAACCUGCGUCUGCACGUCCAGUGUCGCCACCCGGAGGCGUUUGAGGAGUGGAGCGCUACUCAUCUCUAGCUCCUCCCCCGUCAGACAAGGAGGAGACCCUUCUUCACCCUGCAGCAGAUAGAGGACCUCAAACAGCAACACGACGACACACCGGGCCUACAGAACACUCUAGUAGCAGUGGAUCCUGACACCCUACAAGCCAUGCAGACGAUGCAGAACGCCUCAGUCUCCCAAGAUGCAAUGGGAAACACCACCAUCACUUACGAACAGGCCGGGAACUCAGACCUGUCAGCCCAGAAUGCUCAGGAUCUGCUGUUGAAUAUGAGCAACGCCAGACAGCUGGUGGAGAACUGUCUACAGGUACAGAUGUUGAAAUCAUCGGACUCCGAGGUUCUAGAAGCGGGCUCCUGGACAGGGGUUACCUCAGCGACCGGGGGAGCCCAAAAGGUUGUGACGUUCCACGUGUCUGAGAACGGGGAGACCCUGGUACAAGAGGUCGAGGAGGUCUAUGAGGCUGGGACCGAUGAGAAUGGAGAGAUUACCCAGAUAUCCAUCCAGGCCUAUGAGGAGUCAGAGGGCUUCAGUGUGGUGGAACGGAUGGAACAAGCUACACAGGAGAUGCAAAGCACCGGACCUGGAUACAGUAGUGGUGAGGGCAGUCCCCAGCCCAUGGAAGAAGACCAGGAUGGAACAGAAACACUCCAAGAGAACAGAGACAGCCACUACUACCUGACCUCUGGUCUGGGGGAUGGCAUUCUACAGCAGGUGGAGCUAAGCAGUGAGGCCCCCGGUUCCCCCUCCAUGGUGGGAUCCCCCCAGGAUCAGAACCAGCUCAACCCCAAGAGGUUCUCCUGUCGUAUCUGCACGGAGUCGUUCCACGGCCGCAGUGACAUGGAGAACCACAAGAGGGCCCAUAUCGACCCGUCCACCUUCAAGUGUCCUGACUGUGACUUCACUGCCUCCUCCUGGCCAGACGUCAAGACCCACAUGGGCGUGCAUGCCUACCUGAGACCUCACACGUGUCCCAGCUGCAGCUUCGCCUCCAGGAACAGGAAGGACCUGAGGAGGCACAUGAUGACGCAUACCAACGAGAAGCCCUUCACCUGCCAGAUCUGUGGACAGAGGUUUAAUCGUAACGGCCACCUCAAGUUCCAUAUGGAGCGCCUCCACAGCCAGGAGCCUCCGACGAGGAAGACUCAUUCUGGAGGAGGCUCCCAGCAGCAGACCUUCAUAGUCAGCAGUGAUGAGGAGGCUCUCGUCAUGCUACAGUAUUGGCCAUUGUCUGAGAUGUUGUGUUUCUCCCCUCUGUUGACCAUCAGUCAGCUGUUCUCUCUCUGUUGCAGCCCUGCAGGCAGGACAGACCAUCAGUCAACUGUUCUCUCUCUGUUGCAGCCCUUCAGGCAGGACAGACCAUCAGUCAACUGUUCUCUCUCUGUUGCAGCCCUUCAGGCAGGACAGACCAUCAGUCAACUGUUCUCUCUCUGUUGCAGCCCUGCAGGCAGGACAGACCAUCAGUCAACUGUUCUCUCUCUGUUGCAGCCCUGCAGGCAGGACAGACCAUCGGUCAGCUGUUCUCUCUCUGUUGCAGACCUGCAGGCAGGACAGACCAUCAGUCCGGAGCAGCUACAGCAGGCCCCGGGUCAGGACCACAUCAUAGUGUCCCAGGAACAAGGCCUGGAAGACCAGGUGGAGGCCACGUACACCCAGCAGAUCACCACGGUGGACGGACAGACGUUACAGUACAUAACAGGAGAUAACCAGGUCCAGUAUAUCAUCUCUCAGGAAGGAGUCCAACACUUAGUACCUCAGGAGUACGUGGUGCUAUCAGACGGGAACCGCAUCCAGAUGUCAGAUGGACAGAUCGUCCAGUAUGAGAAUGAUGGGGCCUUCCUGCAGGAGCAACAGUCGCAGCAGACGGUCUACACAGACGGUGACACAAGACCAUCUGGAGCAGAUGCAGCAGCUGUAUGAUGUCAUCACCUUCACUGACGAGCAGAGAUGACAUCAUCACCUUCAGACUAAGAGGCACUGCUGUCGGGUCAGACGGAUGUUGGAUGUGAUGUCACUUUGCUUAAAGGACAGGGACAGGCCUGCGGUAUGCGGUGCAGGACCAGUAUGAUGGAACCACUAGGCGCUGACAGAAGUCCAGUGACAUACAUUGUUCAGCCAAAGCAAGGCUCUGCACACAAUCCCCAAGCUACAAAUCAUCUUGUAUCCCAAACAACAACUACAUUACAUGAUCAGGAUUAGCAAAUCUGGGCAGCACCUUGCUCAAGCUGAUCCCCUCGAGCACGGUGCUCUACUCUGAUAUCUAUGAUACACUAUAUAUAGAAAAGUAUGUGGACACCCUUUGAAGUUAGUGGAUUCGGCUAUUUCAGCCACACCC